AACAAUUUAAAAUGGCAAAAGACGAAGGGGAUGACCUUUUGCCAGACAAGGACGCUGCGAAGGGAUUUUACGCGAAAUACGAGCCCAAAGAAAUUCUUGGAAGAGGAAUAUCUUCAACCGUAAGAAGGUGUAUAGAAAAAGAAACUGGUAAAGAAUAUGCUGCUAAAAUUAUAGAUAUUAGCAAUGAAUCUCCAGAGGGGCAUACCAUGAAAGAUGCUACUUUACAGGAAGUACAAAUUUUGCGUAGAGUUGCUGGACAUCCUUUUAUUAUCGAACUACAUGAUGUAUUCGAGUCUAGCACAUUUAUAUUUUUAAUUUUUGAGCUAUGUAAAAAUGGAGAAUUAUUCGACUACCUCACAUCAGUUGUAACGUUGUCAGAAAAAAAAACACGUUAUAUCAUGAGACAAGUAUUUGAAGGAGUUUUACACGUCCAUAAUCAGAGUAUAGUUCAUAGAGAUUUGAAACCAGAAAAUAUAUUACUUGACGAUAACCUUAAUGUUAAAAUAACUGAUUUUGGCUUUGCGAGGAUGUUGAAGCCUGGAGAUAUUCUAUCUGAUCUGUGUGGAACACCGGGAUAUUUAGCGCCAGAAGUCUUAAAAUGCAACAUGUUUGAAAAUGCAGAAGGUUAUAGUUUCGAGGUUGAUGUAUGGGCUUGUGGAGUGAUUAUGUUUACCUUAUUAGUCGGUUGUCCACCGUUUUGGCAUCGAAAACAAAUGGUCAUGCUAAGGAAUAUAAUGGAGGGAAAGUAUUCUUUUACAUCUCCGGAAUGGGCAGACAUUACAGAGGCUCCUAAAGAUUUAAUAAGAAAAUUAUUAGUUGUUGAUCCAAAGAAAAGAAUAUCAAUAAAAGAAGCAUUGGAACAUUCUUUCUUCCAUACGGUGUUGUGGGAUCAAGACAUCGCACCUCUAAAGCGUUCACUGUCGUCUAACUCACGACGUCUCAGUAGGAUAUCUCAAUUAGCUUUGGAAUUAAAAGCAAAAUCAUUUAAUGCGCGAAGAAGAUUCCAAUUAGCAAUCCUUUGUGUUCGAGCAGUAAUACGUAUUAAGCGACUUCACACUACACCUGAACCUCUUUCAACUCAAGUAGCUUGUACCGAUCCAUAUAGAAUAAAAAUCUUACGAAAGAUUAUCGAUGGUUGUGCAUUUAGAGUUUACGGUCAUUGGGUUAAAAAAGGAGAAGGGCAGAAUCGAGCAGCGCUUUUCGAAAAUGCACCAAAGACAGAAUUAAAACAUAUUUACGUUAGCAAUUUGAGUAGAUAACCAAUGCUAUGUUAAGACAUUAGAUGCAAUUGGUAUUAUAUAAUAUUUUAGUAAAUUCGUUUUUACAAUAGAAAAGAGAUAUUAAUUAAAGAAAAAAAAGAAAAAAAAUAUCAUCCCCUUCGAUUAUUCAUUAUUUUAAAUACUUAUAUGCUAAACGCGAUUUAAAGAAAAGGAUAGUUUUUUGAAUAUUUUAAAAUGCUUAAUUUGCUGUUAUUAUUUAGUAUUAUUUCGUAAUAGAUUGAAAAUUGUUUUUUUGAUUGCGAUUGCGAUUGCGAUUGCGAAUUCAACAAAAUAGACAAAAAAAAAAAAGAUACUAAUAAUCAAUUAGUAGGCUAUAGUACGAUAAAAAUAUAUUGUAACAAACUUUA